AGGAACCUGCACAUAAAGGUUGAAUGACGUCAGCAGCGGGUCCAGUCAGUAGAAAGACAGCAUCUCCUCCUCCAGCACUGUUGCUGCUGGAGCUUCGUGCAUUCAAGGAGGACUUGUCAUCUGGCUGUUUUAUCUUGUCUUGCUCUUUUCGGGACUACCACCAUGGGGAGAUUAGAUGCGUUUCGGCAGUUUAAUUUGUUAAAAUGGCUCAGAGAGGAGAGACAGUCGAGGAAACUGAUUCUGUUCAUUGUUUUCGUCGCGCUGCUGCUGGAUAACAUGCUGCUGACUGUGGUCGUCCCCAUCAUUCCCAGUUACCUGUACAACCUGGAUGAGUCAACAGCUACAGUGUUGAAGAAUAAGACCCUUCCUCAACCAGGUCCUCCAGGAGCUUUCCACAGCAUCGUGUCCUUAUACGACAACACUGUCAGGUCUUUGGGCUCCAACAUUACAACCAGGUCUACUGACCUGGUCUCUACAGCCCCAGCUGCCACAGAGCUGCCGCAGAACUCCUCCGACUGCCCACAGUCCACCAGCAAGCUGCUCAAUGAGAAUGUCAAAGUGGGAAUACUGUUUGCCUCCAAGGCCACCGUACAGCUGAUUACCAACCCCUUCAUAGGGCCACUCACAAACAGAAUAGGAUACCAACUUCCCAUAUUUGCUGGCUUCUGUAUCAUGUUCAUCUCUACUAUCAUGUUUGCCUUCUCAUCGAGCUACACUCUACUGUUUCUGGCCAGAUCACUUCAAGGUGUGGGCUCAUCCUGCUCAUCUGUGGCUGGAAUGGGAAUGCUUGCUAGUGUGUACACAGAUGAUGAAGAGAGAGGUCAUGCCAUCGGGAUCGCCCUGGGAGGUCUGGCAAUGGGGGUGUUAGUUGGACCCCCAUUUGGCAGUGUGAUGUAUGAUUUUGUUGGGAAGACAGCUCCUUUCCUUAUUCUGGCUUUCCUGGCUCUGUUUGAUGGAGCUCUGCAGCUCAUUGUUCUUCAGCCGACCAAGGUGGAGCCAGAGAGUCAGAAGGGGACCCCACUUUUAACACUAAUGAAAGAUCCAUACAUUCUAAUUGCAGCUGGUGCCAUUUGUUUUGGAAAUAUGGCCAUUGCCAUGAUGGAGCCAACGCUGCCAAUCUGGAUGAUGGAGACCAUGUGUGCCAAGAAAUGGCAGCUAGGCGUCGCUUUCUUACCAGCGUCCAUCUCCUACCUUAUUGGAACCAACAUCUUCGGCACAUUGGCACACAAGAUGGGGAGGUGGCUUUGUGCUCUCAUUGGAAUAACGGUGGUUGGAAUCAGUGUAAUAUGUGUUCCAUUUGCAACAAACAUCUAUGGCCUGAUUCUUCCAAACUUUGGUGUUGGUUUUGCUAUUGGUAAGUGUGCUAAAUUAAAUACUGUCCUUGUUUUACUGCUGAAUGUGUCAGAUCUUUUUUGUUUGUGCUGUGUUACAGGCAUGGUGGACUCCUCAAUGAUGCCUAUAAUGGGUUACCUUGUGGACCUGCGGCAUGUAUCUGUUUAUGGAAGUGUGUAUGCCAUUGCUGAUGUGGCUUUCUGUAUGGGAUUUGCUUUAGGUCCAUCUAUUGGAGGAUCCAUCGCUGAGAGUAUUGGCUUUCCCUGGGUCAUGACCAUAAUUGGAAUAGUGGAUAUUUUCUUUGCUCCGCUUUGCCUCUUCCUCAGGAAUCCACCAGGACAAGAAGAGAAAAUUGCCAUUUUGAUGGACACCAACUGCUCAAUGAAGACAAGGUCCUACUCCACACAGGGGACGUACUACCAGGGUGAAAAUAUGGAUCCAGAAUAUGACGAUUAUGAUUAACAGGACAGCAGCCAUGCAGGUUAACCCUUCAGAGGAUCUAUUUUGUUGUAUAAAAAAAAGGAACAGAAGAAAAAAAAAACAGCCAAGAUAUUUCCAUGUGAAUGUCCCACGUUCAGUCUUCACUGUUCAGUGUCCUCUUAGCGGUUGUAUUGGAGCAAACCAAAGUUGUUCUUGAUCUGUAAUUGCAAACGCAUUGCGUGAGAGAUAUUUUUUUUAGCCAACAGCCUUAUUCAGUAGAGAGAUGUUUCAGAAAGCACUUUUAGACAGUUGGAAGGAGCUGAACAACAAGUAUGCUUUGCUAGUUUAUUUUGAAUACAAUUAUGUCUUCAUUUAAGUGUCAGCCAUUAAAGUCUCAUUUUUAUCUACUAGAUGUCCAUGAUACUGUCCAUGUUAUCACCAGACCUGUGCAAGUGUGCAAGUUGGUAUUGUUGUUGUGAGAUAUGUCAAGAAACUGUUGUUUGUUUAAAAUCCAGAAAGAUUCUUUGGCCAGGUCUAUGGUCCUUGUUUGCAUUGAUACAGUUAAAGAUGUAAAUAUUAAGACUAAAACAGGCCCAGCCCAACUGAUGUGACUGAACUGCAUGGGGAAGUCAACACAUUUGAGCUGCUUAAGAAAAGAAUGAGGAAUGUAUUCUAAAAGACAGUAUAUCCUCCUGAUAAGAACAGAAGUCAUGUUUUUUUUU